AUGUCAAAAUCUCCAGAAACUCAAUACCCCCACAAAGCUUUGGGUUGGGCUGCUACUGACACUUCUGGCAUCCUUUCUCCCUUUCAUUUUUCCAGAAGGGAAAACGGUGAUGAUGACGUCACUGUCCAGAUUCUCUUUUGCGGCGUUUGUCAUUCUGAUCUUCACACUGUGAAAAACGACUGGGGUUUCACCACUUACCCUGUCGUUCCAGGGCACGAAAUUGUUGGUGUUGUAACAAAAGUUGGAAACAAUGUGAAAAAUUUCAAAGAAGGUGAUAAAGUGGGAGUUGGUGUGAUAGUGGAGUCUUGCAAGGAGUGUGAAUGUUGCCAACAGGAUUUGGAGAAUUACUGUCCCCGCCCUGUGUUUACUUAUAACUCCCCUUAUUAUGAUGGAACACGAACCCAAGGUGGUUAUUCUAACAGUGUGGUUGUUCACCAGCGUUAUGUGCUCCGAUUUCCAGAUAACUUACCCCUUGAUGCUGGUGCUCCACUGUUGUGUGCUGGAAUAACUGUGUAUAGCCCUAUGAAAUACUAUGGGAUGACAGAACCUGGCAAACAUUUGGGAGUGGCAGGGCUAGGUGGGUUAGGCCAUGUUGCAAUCAAAAUUGGUAAGGCCUUUGGGCUGAAAGUUACUGUCAUUAGUGGAUCUCCAUACAAGGAAGCUGAGGCAAUUGACAGACUUGGGGCUGAUUCUUUCCUUGUUUCCUCAGACCCUGCAAAAAUGAAGGCUGCUAUGGGAACCAUGGACUAUAUCAUAGACACAAUUUCUGCUGUUCACUCCUUGACAUCACUGCUUAGUCUGCUGAAGCUGAAUGGGAAGCUAAUUACUGUAGGGUUGCCCAACAAGCCUCUUGAGGUGCCUAUCUUUACAUUAGUUGCAGGAAGGAAGCUUGUAGGGGGGAGCAACUUUGGAGGGAUCAAGGAAACCCAGGAAAUGCUUGAUUUCUGCGGAAAGCACAACAUAACUGCAGAUAUUGAGCUGAUUAAGAUAGACCAAAUCAACACUGCCAUGGAGAGGCUUAGCAAAGGUGAUGUGAAAUAUCGCUUUGUGAUUGAUGUGGCCAACUCUAUUUCAAGUUUGUAG